UCAUAAUCGGAUCGGGAUGGCGUUACAAUCAAUCAUUAUCAAUAAAUAAAAUAUCAGCAAUGCGGGUGGUGCUGCAAUCAAAUCAGAAGCACGCAAUUAACAAUACAACACCUCUUCGAUUAUUAUUCGGCUACUUGAGCGGUCGACAGUCCAACUUCGCCAGAGUUCAUUAGCCCAACGCGCAGUCAUCAGCGUGUAUAUAUUUUUAUAUGGAAAGUGGUGUAUGUUUUUAAGUAGUGCCGCUAUUGAUAAGUGUUUAGUUGUUCAUAAAAUAUGGCGCAGAAUUGAACUUUGAGCGCGCUUUGUAUGGCUCUACAUACAAUUGUAUCAUCAUAUUCGCUUGAAAAUCAGCUGACAUGUUCAGAGGCUAAACAUUUUCUCGCUACUGUGUAGAAAACAACCUUUCUCAAAUGCUAUAUGACGAACUUUCUGGCAGUUUGCUUAUAAUUCCAAAUAUUUUUCUAAGUUAUUUGAAUACUAAAAGGAAGGCGUUAAUUGGCUUUUAAUCUUUACGUGAACUUGAAACUGAAACCAUAUUACAACUAUCAAACCCAGGCGGAUACCUAAGUAAACAAUAUAAAAUAAAUUACAUAAGUGUUCGCUUUUAAGUUCGCAUUACGUUGAAAAGCACGUUUUCCUCUCAUCAAGGUUUUAAAUACCCCAAUCUAUUUACGCUGAAUUAUUUUGUCACGAAACCAUUUCUUGAUUAGACGACUACUCAAUUGCAAAGAGAAUAUGUAAACAAAACACACCAUUUAUACGCUUUAGAAUAGGAAUUUAUGAAAUUUUGGAUUCGAAAUCCAAAUUCGUAUUGCUAUUAAGCAUAAACUAAACAAUGAAAGCCGUGUUUCCUGCACUUUUCAAAGCAAUAGUUCACUCUCAACAGUGUUCACUGCAUUUUAAUCAGGGGAUAGUGCUGCCAGACGCGCAGCCGCCGAAGUGGCCAGACUGGAAAGGAUAAAAACCGUUAGAUUACAGACGCUCAAAAGCAGCUGAUAAAAGUUCAACAAACUCCGAGUUUACAGACCAAAACAAUAGUGUUUCGUAAUGUUUCGAAUCCACUGCAACAAGUGUUUUCGACGCCGCAACGUUGAGCCAACGGUGAUCUUCCACAUGACUCAGUGCCAGCACGUCAUUUGUGCCUCCUGUCUGACCGAAUCCUCGCCAGAAAAGAAGUGCCCAGUGUGCAAGCGGGAUCUGCGAACAGUCCCGAUCGACAGGAACUUGCCUCCCAACGUGGCCAACUACUUCGAGGAUCCGCUUCGAUUCCAGCAGCUCUACCGCAAGGUCAGCAAGUUCCAGGACGACCAGCGAGCAUCGGACAACCUGGGAUUCUAUCGCCAGAUGCAGGAGCACGAGAAAAACGAGCGCCGCCUAAAGGGCUUCUGCAAGAUGGAGGCGCAGUUCAACCAGCAGAUCCAAAAGGAGAAGGAACGGAUCGCCGAGCUUCGCGCGUACAUAAAGUACCACGAGGAGCAAGGUCUCAAGAAGCAGCCACAUGCCACCGAAGCUGAGAAGCCCUGGAGCCACCUAUCAGGUCGCCCCCGCCCACGGACACCCUCUGUAAGCACAUCGGAUAAUACCCAGUCGGAUGAGCACAUGGCGACCUUCUGUCUAGACUCGGACAUGGAUUCCCUUGAGGAGGACGAAACCCACCAAUCCGACAAGAAAACCUUCAACGGCGAUAUGAAAGAUUUUCAAAUUUAAUCACAUCUUUCUACAAAUCGAGAUGUGUAUGUACAGUCAAAUUCAUUCAUUCUUAAGAUCAAUGUUUAACCAAUACAGUGUAAGACCUUUAUAUGUAGGAAGUGCUUCAUUCAUUCAUUCUUAAGAUCAAUGUUUAACCAAUACAGUGUAAGUAAGACCUUUAUAUGUACAAAGUGCCUAAGUAAUAAUAUUAAAAUAAGUUUCAGCUGGAAAACUUUAGGCAAAGAUCGUUGGGACCAUAGCGUUAAUUUAAAUCCAGUAUAAGCAAUCUAUAUGCUAAUCUUUAAGUGGGUUUUUGCAAUCAUCUCGAGGUGUGGAAAAUUUCGCGGCCUAUCCCAAAAUCGAGAUCGAAUGUGUUGUAUGGAGGUCUAGGACAAGUGGAUUCCCGCAUUGGAUUAUUUACCUUUAUUGCCCAGCGAUACGAGAUGAAUGUCACGCUUUCUUUGUGGCCCCCAAGCUGCUCGAAAUCCAGCGAGAUUACGAGAAUAGCCAUUGUGAAAUCUUAAUCAGAUAAUUGGGUACAAAUUUAACAGCGGCAAUCGUUCCGAUAAUUGUUGCCAAGAAUGAUUGGCGAGCGAAAUGUGGGUGGUGGGGGUUUCGGUGGUUAUCACUGCGAGUGCACCAUCGCAAAUUGCGCCUUGCAAAGAGAGUGCUCUAUGGGAAGUAGGCGGUGGAAAGGGGAGCUGCUGGGGGCGGGAGAAAGUGUUGUGCCGGAGUAAACAACACUAUUGACGCCCGGUGACGUCAAUCGACGACCGAUGACCCAGGGCAGCCUCCCAGCGUAGGUUAGCACGUGGAUGAUAGGCGGAAGUCUAGCAAUUUGCAUUCCACAGAGGGCCAACUGGACAAAGGGGCAUUGUGAGUCAUGGCCAAUGGAGCAACCACCUGUUGUGCGAUCGAAACCAAAACAAAACAUAACUACGGUGGAACAUCUAUAAAGGAAACCACUAUGUAUGCAUACUGUAAACUGCGUUACAUCGCAUUCGAAAUGAAAGGUUUAUCGCUUUAUGUCAGUGAUUGGAAAUAACUUGAUUUUGUUUCAAAGGCAAUACAAAGUAUUUCUUAUCAAGAAAGGUUGUUUUCUAAUUAUAAAACUAUAAGUAGAAUCAUUAGAGAAAGCAGAAAUUAUCAGUUAUAUAUCUCAUCAAAUUUUGUCAAAACAAAUAUCUUAUCAGCUUAUCAGAAUCAUAAGUGUGCACUCAAAUUUAAUCCUAAUCUAUAAAGAAUAUACAAAUAAUUGAUUUUAUACAUCUUUGUUAUUUAUGAAGUUGAACUUUGAACCAUAUUUUCAUGCCAAUAGUAGGCAAUUAAACUAAUCUAAGCCGUAAAAGUUUAAGCCAAAUGAACAGCCCAUGUAGAUAAGGAAAAAUCCCCAAUUGACGACCCAACGAAACUGGGGAAAACUUCUGAGCUAUGAGCCUCUUACUUAGGCAAGCUCCACUGUUGUUCAUUUAGCAUGCAUUGGAUAACUUGCGAGUGCGCCUCUAAAAAUAACGGCGCUUCUUCCUCGCCAGCGUUACUUGAACUUGGAGGUUGGGGGCGAUACCCACACUAUCGGAACCAUCCACACCACUUGCGAUACGUACAGAUAGGUGCUCGGCUCGGCUGAUGGGAUUUAUUUGGCUUCCAUCUGCGCCCAUUUGC